AUGAAUCAGUCUCUCUAUAAAAGGCGACUUCCUCAUCAAUUAAUUGCAUUUGCUUCUAACCGAGGAAAACAGAUCUUCAAAGAAGCCUUAGACGAAGGCAACAUGGAGUCGUAUUUUGAGCUUUCCCAGCAGUUUUUGACACAAGAUAGACCUGAAGAUUGCGGACUAAGCACAUUGGUGAUGGUUUUAAAUACUCUAGGAAUUGAUCCUGGGAAGACCUGGCAUUACCCAUGAAGAUGGUACUCAGAAGACUUAUUGCACUGUGGACAACGAGACCCUGACGGUAUCGAGCUUAACGAAUUCGUCCAGCUUGCUUUAUGUAACAAAACCUGGGCAAUGGGAUUUUACCCUGCAAUUCAAAAAGAAAAAGAAAUGAAAAUCAACAUAAAAAGCUCCUGCAACUUACACCCUGAAAACGUACAUUUUAGGUUCGCAAGUUUAGACACUUUUAGAAGUGCCAUUGUAAGCGCUUCGAGGAGAUCAGGAUUUGUGAUUGCAGUAAAUUCAAGCAGAAAAGCGUUGGAACAGACUGGGGAAGGGCAUUAUAGUCCUUUAGGGGGAUAUCAUUCAGGGACUGAUAUGUGUCUGCUGUUAGAUGUGGCGAGAUUUAAGUAUCCAGCUUAUUGACUGCCUGUUCCGUUGAUGUAUGAAGCACUUGAAAGAAAAGAUCCGGCGUCAGGGAAUUCGCGAGGGUUUAUACUUUUGUCGAGAUCUAAAAAGCAUUUUCCUGAGACUUGUACAGUAAGCAUGGAUAUUACGUCACUUAAACAUUUGCCGAGGCCAGUUACAGAAGAUUUGUUGGUUAGGCCGACACAAGAUUUUUUAGCGCUGAUUGUACAUUAUUUUUUUACUUUUUAUGAAGAUUUGACUCAGGAUGUUAUUGAGAAAAUAGAAAAUCAGCUGAAAGAGGUGGAGGAGCCAGUUUUGAAUCCACAGUUGUUGAUAAUCUUAAUCUUAAUAUCACGUUUAAUGUCCCCUACGGGGUAGGUGUUCCCGGAGCCCACCGCCACCCUUCGACAUAUAGGGACAGAUGCACAACCUCCCGGCACGGUCACACCACGCACCAAGCACCUUCAGGCAACGUUACCGACUUUGAUGGCUCAUGAAUCAGCUACUUGCACUUGAACAUGGGUUGUCCACUCAAAAAACCCAAAAAAUAGAUUUUCUUGUCAACUCUUGGCAUAAAGAAACGCCUGGUUUCACGCUAGGGAGUUGCCCCGAUUGGUCCCAAGGACUCUGCUGAGCUUCCCCAUUCCAACUCCGUGUCCUUUCCUAUGAGGAAAAAGCCAUCCCUGAGAUAGACUUGGGCUAGGCUCUGUACACAACCAGAAUUGCUUGCCUAGCAUUGCUGUCCUUCUCUGGAAUGGUAAAAUCUAAAUGAUAUAGAUUUAAGACUAAGAUUUCACAGUUGUUGAAUUUAAUAAAAGAGAUGAACCCUAGCUUUUCACAAAGCACAAAACUAGUGUCGCUAGGGUUUUCGCGGAACGAGUUUGAGCAACCAUUAAAUGGCUUUCUCAAGAAGCUAAGAAGGGAUCUCGGUUUGUCAAUAAGUUAA